UCUUGAUGCAAAGUCGGCUAAUAUAAAUAAGAUAAGAUCAACUUGCUCUUUUUUUAAUUUACUUAUUUCAAUAAAUUUUGUUUUAGUUCAAAUUUUAUUCCAAGAAUAUUUUUUCCGUUAUUUUCAGGGUUAAUAUGUCAAUCUAAUUUAUGUGAUAUAAUUAUUAAAUUUAUUAUUUUUAUUUCUAAUCUAAAUGGGUACAAUCACCAAACAAUUAUCUUUUUAUCUAAAACACCUAGACUAGUUUUUGGGGCGUUACAAUUCUCCCCCAACUUAAGAAAUUUCGUCCUCGAAAUUUUCUAACUCUGCACCGCGAAAAUGAUGCAUGUAUCAAAUACGCGUUUGAAUAGGUCAAAGGAUAAUUAUGUUGGAAUCGCAAAAAGGGACCAGGGUCCACCCCGAUCUGGCCCGCUUCUUGUUGCUCUUUCGGUUAGCAAAGUCAUCUGGUCGUUCAGACUCGGACUCGGGCUCGUACGCCUCUAUCUUCCAGAGGCAAGAGAAGCUCUUCAAGACGAGGAAGGACUCCGCCAAGAGUUGGAAGGGGGAGUUCAUCUUCGUCUCUCUCUCCUCGGGCUCCCCCUUUCGUAAAGAGCCCCAUAGUUCCUUCCGUCGUCGUACCACGUGCGUUACCUCGGACAAGAUGCUCGAGGAUGUAGAGACGCUCUGCCGAGGGGGGCCCUUCAAAGUUGGCUCGCUAGUGACGAACGAGGCGUUGGCGGCGCUUGGCUUCGUCUUCCUAUCCCCGGAAGACACCCAUCGGAUCAUCGAAGGAGGCCCCUUAGGUGAAAUCAUGCUUUCGAACGCCGAGCGGGUGAAGCUCAUGUUCCAGACGCCCCGAGCAACAACUCUCAGGCUCCUCCCACCUCGGGUGAAGCUCAUGUUCCCAGCGGGUGAAGCUCAUGUUCCCAUUAUGAAGGACUUCGGCCCCCCUCCCGCGUCAAGGCGGCCUUCCGCGCCCGGAUCUCCUUCACAGAUGGGGACUAUGAUCCGGAGACCUUCCUGCGAUGAUGCAAUGAGUCACCGGUUGCACGUUAGUGAGGAGGAUCGGGGCAAGGCUUACCUCGAGAUCACUGACCUCAAUGAGAAGCUGAAGGCAGCCAAGGAGCAAGCUCGCCGUGCCAAAGAGCAAGCUCGCGAGAUGCGGGGAGAAACCUUCUCCCUCAGCAGCUACUCCCCUGGGGGCUCCUCUGCCAUCCCCACUAAGUCAGGGCCGAGCUCGUCCCCACCGCCUUCGCCGCGGGACUCGUGGGACUCUGACUCUGCGUCCGAGUCAGUGCACCCCGAUCCUUUUGCCAAGAUCCCAGGGUUUAUCUACUACUCGUCGGAGGAGGACGUGAAGACUCCCUCUCCACCGGCUCAUCGCGAGGCCACCGCUCCCCUGGCCGCUCCCAACCGCGGGGGCCGAGGAUGUCGCCCUCCUGCUCCCCCAGCCGAGGUGCCGAGCGAGAGUUCCGUGGCAUCUCACCAUCCGAGUCGUCACUCCCUUGAAGACCCGGGUUCGCCCAGCUUUGGCGAGUUUACCAGCCAUUCUGUUGUCAACAGGGCUCCUUCACCACCUUCCUACCCUCCCCCGUGUUCAUGCAAGCGGGGGUGGAAUUGUGGCAUGCACUGAAGUUUAUUUCUGUAUUCUAAUUAUUGUAAGGCUUUUGUGCCGCGUACUUUCCCCUUUUUCAGGGAUGAAUAACAUUUGAACGUGAUC